AUGGCGCUUUCGUCUGGAACUGCUCCAAAUGGCGCCCGCGGUCAAACCGUCGCUCAGCGUCUGCAGAAAGAGCUCAUGGACCUCAUGACUAAGCCAACCCCGGGCAUCACUGCCUUCCCGGACGAUGAGAACAUGACCAUCUGGACCGCCACUAUCGAGGGCCCUCCCGACACUCCCUACGCUGACCUGACUUUUAAGCUCUGGAUGAAGUUCGCUGACACUUAUCCCUACACCCCUCCACGCGUACUCUUCAAGACGCCAAUCUACCACCCCAACGUCGACUUCUCUGGUCGCAUCUGUCUCGACAUCCUCAAGGACAAGUGGAGCGCCAUCUACAAUAUCACGAGCGUGCUUCUGAGUCUGCAGAGCCUGUUGGGCGAGCCGAAUACUUCGAGUCCGCUGAAUGGCCAGGCUGCUGAGCUCUGGGACAAAGACCAAGAGGAAUUCAAGCGCCAUGUCCUAGCCCGCCAUAAGCAGCCUGAGGAGCUAGAUGCUUGUUAA